AUGGGGGAGGCGGGCCUUGGCGCCCAGCUGCCCAAUAGCGGGGCCCGGCAGUGGGGGCGGUCUGGGGCGGAGGGUCACUGCCGCUGUCCCCCCCAGGCUUUCCCGGUGCUCGUGGGCGACAUGGACAACAGUGGGAGCCUCAACGCACAGGUCAUCCACCAGCUUUCGCCGCGUCUGCGCUCCAAGCUGGCCUUUCAGACGCAGCAGUCAAAGUUCGUGAACUGGCAGGUAGACGGCGAGUUUCGCGGCGCUGACUUCACGGCCGCCGUGACGCUCGGAAACCCCGACGUGCUGGUGGGCUCCGGUAUCCUGGUGGCGCACUACCUGCAGAGCGUGACACCCGGCCUGGCGCUGGGUGGGGAGCUGGUCUACCACCGCCGCCCCGGCGAGGAGGGCACCGUCACGUCGCUGGCUGGGAAGUACACGGCGCCGAACUGGAUCGGGACCCUGACGGUGGGGCAGGCUGGAGCUCAUGCAACCUACUACCACAAAGCCAACGACCAGCUACAGGUUGGGGUGGAGUUCGAGGCCAGCACGCGCAUGCAGGACACCAGUGUGGCGUUUGGGUACCAGCUGGACCUGCCCAAGGCCAACUUGCUCUUUAGAGGCUCUGUGGACAGCAACUGGAUCGUGGGUGCGGUGCUGGAGAAAAAGCUGCUGCCGCUGCCGCUAACGCUGGCCAUGGGCGCCUUCCUCAACCACCGCAAGAGCAAGUUCCAGUGUGGCUUUGGCCUUACCAUCGGUUAGAGCCCCCGUUCCUGCUCCUCGCCCCCCCCGGCCGGCGGGACCCAGGCAUCGGAGCCCCAUCGCCUGUCUUCCCUUGGCCUGGGGGCUGCUGGACCCAGCCCCACCUUCCCUGUGCUCCCCCCUUUCCCCGCCAGGGGGCGCCGCGGCCUCAGGAACCGUCUGUGGUGUGGUCCGUCCCUGAGCUGAGCCGAGGGAGCGGGCCAGGACCUCCGGGGGGACUCCAGGGGCGGGAGGAGACGUGAAUGGGCCCUGAGGCCGCACCAGGAGAUGCCUCUGGGGGGAGCCAGGCCAUGACCCCCACAACAGCACCGCAAGAGCUCAGGCCCAGGGGUCCUGCCUGGCCCCUGUGAGCAGAGCCUGGGACUGCUGUGAAUCAUGUGCAUAAGUUAUGGGACUGAGGGUCUUGUACACGAUGCCCCCCAUGUUGGUGCCGCACACGUGUGUGCACCUGUGUCACGCGCGUCCUAAUAAAUCACCCGCGCCUCUGG